CGGGGUGGGAAAACAUCCCACUCCGACCUCCUCACCGAUAUCAGCCUGUUGGAUAGGGAAACCCUCGGACUGUGGAGUCACUGCUAUCGCCGAGUUUCAUCCACCAUACCUAACUAGUGCAUGAAAAUCUUCAUGCCCGCUUUGCCCGCGCCACGGCCCGUUUCUGCAGAGGGGCUCUAAAAGAGUCACUAUCACCUGGGCAGUGAAGCGGCCCGCCCUCUAGCGCGUGAGGGGAUGUGACCGUCCGGCCCGGCGCUAUAUAGAAAUGACAUACCCUCUUCUCUCCGCAAGUCUACCACCCACUCAUAACUCUUCCCUACGCUCUCCGCCUACAGGUUGAUUCUACCUGAAUUCCAAUACCUUCCAACAGUCAACAUGGCUCCCAUUGCCGUCACUCCUCCCUGUGAGCCCGUCACCACCAUCACCAAACCCUAUAGCCAUGGUCUCGCCGAACUCGAUGCCUCCCUCCUCCAAACCACCCUCACCACCUCCCCGCGCCCCGUCCCCGCCCUAGGCUCCCCGGAAAUGGCCUCCCAGAGGACCUGCACCGACCACAUGAUCCAGGCCACAUGGAACUCGGAGACGGGCUGGUCCGCACCUACCCUCACCCCCUACGGGCCCUUGUCCCUCAUGCCGACCGCCUCGUGCCUGCACUACGCAACCGAGUGCUUCGAGGGCAUGAAGCUGUACCGCGGCUUCGACGGCAAACUGCGCCUCUUCCGCCCGGACCUGAACUGCAAGCGCAUGCUCGUCUCGACGAACCGCAUCUCCCUGCCUUCCUUCCCGCCAGACGAACUCCUCAAACUCAUCGCCAAGCUCUGCGCUACCGACGGCCCAAGAUGGCUCCCCAAGGACCGCCCCGGGUCCUUCCUGUAUAUCCGCCCCACUAUGAUCGCGACCGACCCGGCUCUCGGCGUUCAGCGUCCCACCGAGGCCAUGCUGUAUGUUAUCCUGACGUGUUUUGCGCCCAUGGACGACGUCCCCGGCGGUAUGAAGCUGCUCGCUUCCCAGGACGACAUGGUGCGUGCCUGGCCCGGAGGCUUUGGGUACGCCAAAGUGGGCGCGAAUUACGGCCCCAGUCUGGUCGCGCAAGGGGAGGCAAGACGUAGGGGUUAUCACCAGAUCCUGUGGCUGUUUGGGGACGAGUGCUACGUCACCGAGGCUGGGGCGAGCAAUUUCUUUGUGGUGUGGAGGACAAAGGAGGAGGGGAAAUUGCAGCUCGUGACGGCAAGUUUGGACGAGAGGAUCGUGUUGGAUGGGGUGACGAGGCGGUCUGUUCUUGAGCUCGCGAGGACCAGGCUUGCGGAUGCGAGUGCGGCGGCGGAGGAGGAGGGGCUGGAGCCGCUCGAGGUCGUGGAGAGGAGAUAUACCAUGUUUGAGGUGGAGGAGGCGGCGAGGGAGGGGAGGCUGGUGGAAGCGUUUGGCGCGGGCACCGCGUGGUUCGUUGCGCCGGUCGGGAAGAUCCAUUUCAGGGGGAAGGAUAUCGAGGUCCCGCAGAGCGAGGGAGACGGCGGGAGGUAUACGAAGGCGGUGAAGAGGUGGUUGAAGGGUAUCAUGUGGGGAGAGGAGGGGAGUGAGGCGCAUGAGUGGGGGUAUGUGGUUGAGGAGAAGUAAGUCCUGGUUGAACCGUGCAGGGCCAUAUCUUUGAGUUUUGUUGAUAGAUUGGCGGAGUGAUUGCUGUCAUGGUGUUUGUAUACCCGACCAAAACG